AUGGAAACCUUUUAUCUCAGGGCCUCCUUUUGGCUCCUGUUGGCUGGAUGUGUGGUCAGUGACAAUCCUGAAAGUUAUCACACAAAUCUGAGUGAUCCUUUAGAUGACUUGACCACAUUUCGUGGGACAGAACCCAGCCUCCCCUUCACUACCCACCGUCCCACUUCUUUGGUCCUGCCAAGCAACGGCUCAAUGCGUAACUAUUGCCCUCAGCAGACUAAAAUCACUUCAGUUUUCAAGUACAUCAACACCGUGAUAUCCUGUGCUAUUUUCAUCGUUGGAAUGGUGGGGAAUGCGACUCUGCUCAGGAUCAUUUACCAGAACAAAUGCAUGAGGAAUGGCCCUAAUGCACUGAUAGCCAGCCUGGCCCUGGGAGACCUAAUCUAUAUUGUCAUUGAUAUCCCUAUCAAUGUAUUUAAGCUCCUAGCUCAGCGUUGGCCUUUCGAGCAGAAUGAGUUCGGAGUCUUUCUCUGCAAGCUGUUUCCCUUCUUGCAGAAGGCUUCAGUCGGGAUCACGGUCCUCAAUCUCUGUGCUCUCAGUGUGGACAGGUACAGGGCAGUUGCCUCAUGGAGUCGAGUUCAGGGAAUUGGGAUUCCCUUGAUCACUGCCAUUGAAAUUGUGUCCAUCUGGAUUCUAUCCUUCAUCUUGGCUAUUCCUGAAGCCAUUGGCUUUGUCAUGGUGCCCUUUGAGUAUAAGGGUAAAGAACACAAAACCUGCAUGCUCAAUCCCACAAACAAGUUCAUGGAGUUUUACCGAGAUGCGAAAGACUGGUGGCUCUUCGGUUUCUAUUUCUGUGUACCGUUAGCAUGCACUGCCAUCUUUUAUACUCUAAUGACUUGUGAGAUGCUCAACAGAAGAAAUGGCAGUUUGAGAAUUGCACUCAGUGAGCACCUUAAGCAGCGGCGGGAAGUGGCAAAAACAGUCUUUUGUUUGGUUGUGAUUUUUGCCCUAUGCUGGUUUCCUCUUCACCUGAGCCGAAUCUUGAAGAAGACUGUGUACAAUGAGAGGGAUUUGAACCGCUGUGAAUUGCUUAGUUUCUUAUUGCUUAUGGAUUACAUCAGCAUUAACCUGGCAACUAUGAAUUCAUGUAUAAACCCGAUAGCACUCUAUUUUGUCAGCAAAAAGUUUAAAAAUUGUUUCCAGUCAUGCCUCUGCUGUUGCUGCUACCAGUCUAAAAGCCUCAUGACCUCAGUACCUAUGAAUGGAACGAGCAUUCAGUGGAAAACCCACGAACAAAAUCAUCACAACACAGACAGGAGCAGCCACAAGGACAGCAUAAACUGAAGAUGCCCAAAACACCAGCAACGCCUCAAGCCUUACAAAAAAAGAAAGACUGACCCUCGCAGAUGUUUUGCCAGGAAGUUUACCAGUUUUCUCAUCCUUCCCUGCCCCAGCCCUUGAAAAAUGCACUUAAGAAUUGCCAUCAAAUUAACCUGGUUAUGUCUUUUAAGUCCUAUGAAGUUGACUGCUUUCAGCAGACUUGACAUUUUUCAGAGAUGACAUUCAGCAGUGUUGGAGGAACCUGGAAAGAAGUCUCUCGGAGUUCUUAGGCCCUGGGGACAUAGCUUUUGCUUUUGCAGGAAGUGAGAGUCUUCCUCAUAUGUGACUGGCAUACAGUGCCCCUUCUGGCUGAAGUCUGCUAAGAAGUGGCACCAUGAAAUGUUGCUGAGGGCCACAGAAAGAAGGACUGUGGGCAGCAUAGUGCAUCUCCAUCCUCUUGAGUGUUAAAUUUUGUUUUUCCUAUAUAAUACAGUAUGGGUUUAAGCCACCUUUGUUUUAAAUGUCAGUCCACACCAGUAUUCUAUUUUUUAAUUACAUAUCUUAAUAGCAUAGUCACAAUCAUUUGCUCUUG